AUGGUGGUCAUCGUCGAAACUGGUGACGGCGGGUGGGAUACCCAGGAGGAGCCGAGGGACAUGCUUGUGGGAAGAGUUUUCGGGGGGCUCCCGAACGGCCGGCUUGGACGGCAUUCGGUGAAGGCGGCGAGAUCGCCGGUUGACCCCGGAACGGAGCCAUCGACUCCAUGUUCUUCUUUCCCGGACCUCGGGAACACGAACAAGUGGGAGACUCCUCGUGUACCCCAGAGAGAAGGAUAG